GUGCCUAGGGCACGUGCCAAGCUGCGUCAUGCGCGACAACAGUACUUCAGCCUGUACAGCUAGGCAUUAAUCACGAGGGAAUGAAGUUAGGUCACAUUGUGGUUUGUGGGCUCUUGUGAUCUCCUGUCGCAUUAUUCAGUUGUCAUCUUCAUCUUCGCGUUGGUGAAGCUACCUAUGGCAACACCACCAGCGUGACUGCCGCCAUGAAAGUGAAAGGAACUGGCGAUCGGUACGACGUCCUAUAACCGGCCAUGAUGAACUCUAAUAUAUUAUCACGGCUGCUCCCUUCGACGGGCUCGCCUUCCAUCUACGAAGCCAUCAGGAACGACGACGAGGCUUCGAUAUCGGAUACCGAAGAGCGCGCUGCCAUGGCUCUAGACGAAGAGAACCUCCGAGAAUCGCUACACAGUUACAACCUCGAAGAUGCUGCAGACAGCCAGGUAACAACGCAUAGCACGGCGUUUCUGGGGCAAAGACCCCAUAAGAAAUCAUCCAACAUUCAUUCUAGGAAAACGGGAAGCGGUGCUGGUCCUUCGCGACCCCGUUGGAUGCACUCUCCGCGAGGAAUCCUCGAAGCUGAUGAGGGAGACGAUGACGUCCCUGCAUCUUUGCUAGUGGAAGGUAAUGAUAUGGAGGAUCUACCAAAGCCUCCAGCACCCCCACCUCAUCAUAUCGACGAUGAUCACAACCGUUUUCCAGAUGACCGACCAUCACCUCUGAUUUCGCGAGACCAAUGGAGGACUGGACGAGAUCCACAGGAUCAUGUUUCCUUUUUGCCGGCGCCUAUUCUUUCCCGAGCACGACGGACAGGUGGACUGUCAGGCAUGGCAUCUGCAAGUCCUAAGGAUAAGGCUAUGUGGAGGUGGGCGAAUGUGGAGAACCUGGACAACUUCUUGAAGGAUGUAUACAUUUACUACCUUGGAAACGGUAUCUGGUGUAUUUUACUGAGCCGCACACUUAACUUACUGACACUCGCAUUUGUUGUCGGUUUCACGACUUUCUUGUCAAGUUGCGUCAACUACAGUGCUAUCCCAAAUAGCGAGUCCUUGGAUAAGAUAUUGGUUCCGAGAUGCAUGACCAAGAUUUCUACGUCGACAACAUUACUUCUUUGGUUGUUCACUUUUUUCUGGAUCGGCAAAUUCAUCCAAUACGUACUAGACGUUCGGAGGCUCCGACAAAUGCACGACUUCUACUUAUAUCUACUAAAUAUCUCUGACCCCGAAAUACAAACAAUAUCCUGGCAAGAAGUUGUCAGUCGAUUAAUGACUCUGAGGGAUUCCAAUCCAGCCACAGCUGCGGCAAUACCCGCCAGGCAUCGCAGAUUCAUGGGUAGCCAAUCCAAGCAGCGCAUGGAUGCACAUGAUAUAGCUAAUCGACUCAUGCGGAAAGAGAAUUACCUGAUAGCUCUAUUCAACAAGGAUAUCCUUGAUCUCACUCUCCCAGUACCGUUCCUCCGAAACCGACAGCUCUUCUCUCGCACUCUAGAGUGGAACUUGAAUCUGUGUAUUUUGGACUAUGUUUUCAAUGAACAAGGCCAAGUGCGGCCGCUUUUCCUCAAAGACACGCAUCGAAGAGCCUUGAGUGAAGGAUUAAGAAGACGUUUCGUUUUUGCGGGCAUAAUGAACAUAUUCGUGGCUCCUUUCAUCGUCGUUUAUUUCAUGAUGCACUACUUUUUCAGGUAUUUCAAUGAAUACCAGAAGAACCCGUCGCAAAUUGGAUCGCGGCAGUACACACCCCUCGCCGAGUGGAAAUUCCGCGAGUUCAAUGAACUUUGGCAUCUUUUCCAACGCCGAAUUAAUAUGUCGUAUCCUUUUGCGAGCCGAUAUGUGGACCAAUUUCCUAAGGAUAAAACUGUACAGAUCUCACGAUUUGUAGCAUUCAUUGCAGGAGCACUUGCGUCAGUUCUGGCACUGGCAUCUCUACUGGAUCCAGAGCUAUUUCUGGGAUUUGAGAUUACACCUGGUCGUACUGUUCUCUUUUACCUUGGAAUAUUCGGCAGUGUAUGGGCAGUUGCCCGUGGGCUGGUGCCUGAGGAAACAGAUGUUUUUGAUCCUGAAUUUGCACUCAUCGAAGUGACAGACUUCACACAUUAUCGUCCUGCACACUGGACAGGACGUUUGCAUAGCGAUGAAGUGAGACAAGAAUUUGCCAUGCUGUAUCAGAUGAAGAUUGUUAUAUUCCUGGAAGAGAUUUUAAGCAUGAUUUUUACACCAUUUGUUCUCUGGUUCAGCCUUCCCAAAUGCAGCGAUCGCCUGAUUGAUUUUUUUCGGGAAUUUACCGUCCAUGUAGACGGGCUGGGCUAUGUCUGCUCUUUUGCAGUUUUUGAUUUCAAAAAGGGCACAAAUGCCAACGUCGAAAACCGUGAUAUCCAUCAUAAUCGCCCUGCGCGGGACCUACGUGAUGAUUAUUUUUCAACCAAAGACGGAAAAAUGCUGGCUUCGUACUAUGGAUUUUUAGAUAGCUACGGUGCAAACCCUCGCGCUGGUGCAGGUCCUGGGACACGAAGACGAUUCCAUCCUCCUCCAUCGUUUCCUGCGCUUGGCUCAGCACUUCCAGCCGACGCAACUCCCCGUCCAGAACGGUACGAUCAGACACAAAUCCGCCAGUCACCAGCGACUGGGCCGUUGAAUCAUUACCCUACGAUGCGCGCAUCUCGAUUCGGAGGCCCCCCAGCUCCCGGCUCUCCUCUUCACUCAAUGCUCCUCGAUCCACAUCACCAGCCGUCCGCAUCAGCACUCCGUUCAACAAAUAGGGUGGGUAAUCAACCACGUUCCCGUCAAUAUCAUCAAGCUGCUACGUCCAAUGAUGUUACGGGAGAAGCCAAAGAGUUGUCCAUUGCCGACGGUCCUAGUUCUUCCAAAGACCGUGUAGCCCAAUCUGGCCAAGUUGGCGAGGAUUCUACUGGAGCAGUCGCCACCAGUGACAAUAACCUUGAGGGGUCUUGGCGCAUCAAUCUCGCCGGGGAGGCGGAUGACGACGAUAGUGUAGAAGAAGGAGACGAGGUGGAAGCUGUAGUCAACGGCCCCGGCGGUGUCCUGGGCUUGCUCCAGCAAUUCCAAAAGGUCAACAACGAAAGCAGGGCAGGCGGGGGAACAGUCGGUAUAUGAGCUAAGAGGUUGCUCUACUUCUUAUCUUAGUUGUGCGCAUGUUUUAUUAGUAUCGAUAGAGCUAUUAUUCCUCCGGCUGGAACGACCGUUUCUGAGAAGCAUAGAUUAGCGUGCAUUUAAUCCUUUGGAAUAAGAAUGCAACGCUAUUAAUGGGAAUCAAGAUUCACAUGACAAAGAGUAGCAUAAAAAUUUAAC